GUAAUAUUGAUUAUUCAAAAGUGAGGUCGUGGGCGUGCUCCUGUGGUGUCCGUGCCAGGCAUGCUAAAGGCAGCUGGCGUAUGGAGGUUGCCGUGUGAGUGCGUGUGGUUAAUCGGAACUCGGGGGGGUUUCGGGUCAAAUGGACGAUGUUUUGUGGCGUUAUAUUCCCCUAGAGGUGCCUCUCAGAAAUGUUCAAGCGCCUGAAGGAAAAAAUCGUCGAAGAAGUGAAGCAGUCCCCUAUACGAUUUCCGCAGUUUCCAGCCGGACAGGUGGGCCCUGGAGAAAGUGGAAGCAACAGCGAGGCAUCCUUUAGCAUCACGGAGGAUGACCAGCAACCAAAUGAGGAGGAUGGUGCGAGCAACAGCACGGACUUGCUGCCGCUGUACCGGCCACCCGAGAACAGUCCAGCCCUGGUCGCCCCCUCAGAUGCGGAGAGCGAGACGGAGGAGCUCAGCCUGGAUUAUAUCUCCAAGGAGGAGCUCUGGGCAGCCUUCCAGACUGCUCGUGCACGCAUCCGCAAGUACCGCAACAAGUAUUCAGAGGCAAUGCAAGCAUACCGUUCCUUGGACGCGGAGAAGGAAAAGAUUAGGCGCAUCUUGAGCGAGAGCCAGGACAAGGCCUUGCGCCGCAUGGGGGAGUUGCGGGAGCAGGCUCAGCUGGAGCAGCAGGCCAAAGCUCACCUGGAAGAGAACCUGCGCUGCCAGCUGGAGGAGAAAGAGCACAUCAUCCAGACGCUCGAGACCAAGGUGGCCCUGCUAAAAGCCAACAAUGCCAUCCCUGGUGCCCCGUGCGAUUCCACGGUGCAGGACGAAGAGUUGGCGCACUACAAGGAAAAGGUUCAGCGCCUGGAAGCCCUGAUGGCCAAAUGCAAGGAUACAAUCCAGAACAGCCGUGAGCGGUCCACUCAGCUCAUGCAGGAGAGGGAAGCUCUGGCCCGAGCACUUGAUGAGAAAGGACGCCAGCUGCAGCAGCUGCAGGAAAAUGAAGCAGAGGCGCAGGCCAAGUGGCGCAUGGAGCAGCAAGAGUUUGAGCAGCAGGCACGCCAGCUAUCCGAGUCUCUUGAUGCUGCCUCAGCCGAGCGAGACCAGCUUCAAAAACAGCUGUCCGAUAUCAAAACUCAGCACCAACAGCAGCUGGCUGCCCUGGAAAAAGCAUUGGAUGAAGAACGCUCCCGCACCAAGGUGGCUGAUUUCCGACUUCUCAAGCAAGAGUGUGACAAAAAGAUAGCAGCGGCCGAGCACAACUGGGUUCAGAAGCUGGAAGCAUCUGAGAAAGAAUACCACAGGCGGAUCUCUGAAAAGGAAAAUGAGCUGCGACGAGUGGCUAAGAAGCUAUCAGAGCUAAAGUCCAUAACUGAGGAGUCAGAAGAGCAGGAGGGCACGGAGGAUGCUGGAACUGGACAGGGGGAUGGCCUUCUGAGAGACAUCGAAUCUUACCAGCUGGUGAAGCACAACCUGGAGCAAAGCGUGCAGCAGCUGAAGGCCGAGCUCACCACUGAGCAAGAACGGGCAGCACAGGUUCAGUUGCAGCUGAAUGAAGAAGUGAGCCGACUGCAGGCAGAGCUGAAAAAACAAAUGAGCACAUUCCAUGACCUGCAGGCACGGCUGGACCAGGCCCUGCAGGAUAAAAUGGUCAUCAGUGAGGAACUGAAACAACUCGUGGACAGUCAUGCUGAAGAUGGCAGAAAUAACUUAUCCCAGCUUGAAGAAAGUAGACAGAGAGAGCAUCAGCUGAUGCAAGAAGUGCAGUCAUUGAAAUCGCAAGCAGAGCAAGACCAAAGAGCACACAAAGAGCGAUGUGAUGCUUUAGAAAAGGAAAUUGAAAGUAUUAGACAGCUGGCGGAAGCGAGGCAGUCUGAAAUAGUCAGGCUGACCUCUGAAAUCGAAGACAUUCAUAAAGAGCUGCAGUCGAAUUUGUUGCAGCUUGAGGAAAGCAGGCAAAGGGAAUUGCAGCUGACCCAAGAAGUUCAAUUAUUGAAGUCGCAGACUGAGCAGGAGCUGAGUGCACACGUGGAACAAUGCAAACUGUUGGAGAAAGAUGCUGAGGAGAGUAGAUCGCUUGCCGAAGAGAAGCAGUCUGAAGUUGCUAGAUUAAGUUCCGAGGCCGAAGACCUUCGUAAGGAACUGCAAGUUAGUUUGGCCCAUCUGGAAGAAAGCAGAAAAAAAGAGUCUCAGCUUGUAGAUGAGCUGACAUUGCUGAAAUCACAAACAGAGCAAGGCCAAGUCGCCCUUGUGGAACGAUGCAAAGCGUUGGAGAGCAGCCUUGAAGAAAGCAAGAAGUUGGAGCAAGAAAGACACUCUGAGAUAUCCAGGUUAAGUUCUGAAGCCGAAGACGUUCGUGAGGAGCUGAGGACGAAGUUAUCCCUGCUUGAGGAAAGCAGACAGAAAGAAGGUCAGCUGACGCAAGAGGUGCAAUAUUUGAGAUCACAGGUUGAUGACCAGAGUGCAUUCCUGGAUCAGUGUGAAGGCUUAAGGAAGGAUGUGGAAAGUCACAGGUUACUUGCAGAAGAGCGGCUUUCUGAGGUGGGCAGGCUCACAUCUGAGGCUGAAGAGCUGCGCAAGGAGCUGCAAACAAAUUUGUUAGAGCUCAAGGAAGCUAAGCAAAGAGAACACCAGAUGACGGAGGAGAUUGAAUCCUUGAAAUCACAAAUGGAGCAGAAGCAGAGCAUACUUGAACAACAGGUUAAGAGCCUUGAGGAAAACAUUGAAGCAACAAGAAAACUGGCUGAAGAAAGGCAGUUCGAGAUGGCCAGAUUGACCUCUGAGGUUGAAAGCCUUCAGAAGGAAUUGAAUACACACUUAGUUCAUUUAGAUGAAAGCAGACUGAAGGAAUCACAACUGAUGCAAGAAUUGCAGUUGUCGAAAUCACAGACAGAGCAAGACCAUAGUACACUCCUCGAGCGAUGCAGAGCUCUGGAAAAAGAGGUUGACGAAACCAGGCAACUUGCGGAGGACAGGCAAUCUGAGGUGGUGAAAAUGGCCUCUGAUGUUGAGAGCCUUCAGAAAGAACUUGAAAUGAACGUAGCGCAGCUAAAGAAAAAUGGAGAAAGGGAAUCGCAGCUAGCACAAGAGCUGCAGCUGUUUAGAUCUCAAGCGAAGGAAGACCAAAGUGCACUCGUCCAGCGGUGCAGUUCUCUAGAGAAGGAAAUAGAUGAAACCAGGCGACUGGCUGAAGAUAAGCAAUCUGAGGUGGCCAAGGUGACUUCGGAGGUUGAAGAACUUCAUAAGAAACUGCAGAUGAGCUUAGCCCAGCUGGAGGAGAGUAAACAAAAGGAAGCACAGCUGGUGGAAGAGCUACAGUUGUCUAAGUCGCAAACAGAGCUAAACCAAAGUACGCUCCUUGAGCAGUGCAGAGCACUCGAGGAGGAGAUUGACAGAACCAGGCAAGUGGCAGAAGAGAGGCAGUCCGAGGUGGCCAAACUGACUAGUGAGGUUGGUAGCCUUUGCAAAGAACUGCAGACAAGCUCAUUCCAACUUGAGGAAAGUAGGCAAACAGAAUCCCAGUUAAUGCAGGAGGUGAAUCUGCUAAAAUCACAGAUGGAACAAGAGGAUAGUGCGCUUCUGGAACGCUGCAAGAACCUAGAAAAGGAGCUUGAAGAAACGAGGCAGCUUUCGAAUGACAGGAACUCUGCAAUGGCUGCCCUGGCUUCAGAAGCUGAUGACCUUCGCAAGGAAAUGCAGACCAACGCAUCAGAGCUUGAGGAGGCCAGGCAAAGGGAAUCCCAGCUUGUACAGGAGGUGCAGUUGCUCAAAUCACAAGCAGAAGAAAGCCAAAGUGCAGUUCUGGAGAAGUGCAAAGACCUAGAAAAGAACGUUGAGGAAGCCACACUAUUGUCAGACCAGAGGCAGUCAGAAAUUACCAGGCUGAAAACUGAGGCCGAGGUCCUGCAGAGAGAUCUCCAAACUAACAUAUCUACACUUGAGGAAAGCAAACAGAGGGAAUCGCAGCUAAUGCAAGAGUUGAAGAGUUUGAAGUCACAAAUGGAGCAAGAACAGUGUGUUACUCUAGACCGGUGCAGAGAACUGGAGAAAGAUGUUGAAAGAUUUAAGCUACUGUCUGAAGAUGGGAAUUCAGAGGUUGCUAAGCUGAGCUCUGAGGUGGAGGACCUGCGCAGAAAACUGCAAGAAAGCUCAUCUCAGUUGGAGGAAAGCAAGGAAAGAGAGUUUCAGUUUGCCGAAGAGCUGAAUUCCUUGAAAUCACAAACGGAACAAGGCCAAAGUGCACUGCUGGUUGCACGAAAGGCUUUAGAACAAGAGGUAACAGAAGUCAAGGUUCUGCUAGAAGAGAAGCAGGCCGAAGUUUCCAGACUCAAUACUGAAGCUGAGGACCUUCGAAGAGAGCUGCAAAUGAGUUCAUCGCAAGUUAAUGAAAGCCGACAAAGGGAAUCACAACUAGUGGAUGAGGUUCAGCAACUGAAAUUGCAUGUAGAACAACAGCAAAGUGAGCUUUCACAUCGAUGCAGUGUUCUUCAGAAGGAUAUCGAAGAAGCAAGGUUACUUGCGGAAGACAGGCAGUUGAAAGUUGCAAGACUGACUUCCGAAUCUGAGAACCUGCGCGAGGAACUGCAAGCGAGCAUAUCCCAGCUGGAGGGAAGCAGACAGAGAGAGGCUCAGUUGAUGCAAGAACUGGAGUCGUUGAAGUUGAAAGCUGAACAGGAGCGGGAUGUGCUGCUGGAGUGCUUUAAGGGUCUCGACAAUGACAUUGAAGAAAUGAGGUCGUCUGAACAACAUUCUGAUAUGUUAGGGUUAUGUGGUGAGGGUGAGGGCUUCCGUGAAAGACUACAACCUGCCUUAGGAGGAGAGGAAGGCACAUUAAAUGUGAGAGAGUCGGAUGUUGUCUCCAUGAGGCAGGAAUUGCUUCAGGCACACGCAUGUCCCAAGAAUGACAAUGAAGAUCAGUGUUCAAGUUCUGUUGCACAGCUGAAGGAGAAGCUCACUACUCUUCUUCAAGAGAAGCAGCGCCUAUCGUCAGCUGAACAUAAACAGGAAAAACGUGUCAGGCAACUGGAAGAAUCUCUCCGGGAAGUCCAAGAUGACCUUGGGAAGCGGCUGUACGAAGCUGAGGCACGUGCCAAGAGUUAUGAAGAACAGUUGCAAACUCUCCAAGAGCGACUUGCAAGUGGCACGAAAACGGUGACUACACGACAACCAAGUGAUGGGCAUCAGCACCAAGCACAUAAGUCCGAAACAUCAGGCCACACAGACAAGACUGACGAGGAGGCGGACACGCCUGCAGCCACACACGGUAGCGGGUGGGAUGACGCAUGGCCAGAUGAGGAAGAGUGGGGUCCUCGUGAGUGUCCAGCUGACGAGCGAAUAGAAGCUCUCCAAUUGACACUCGGCCGGUACCGGGACGAAAUCAACGACCUGCGCUGCAUUUUGCGUGCCCAGCAAAACAACAAUGCAACAAACCAUACUGGCAAGAACCCUGUGCAGCUCCCCGAGCCCACAGAAUAUGAGUACUUGCGGAACAUCCUGUUUGAGUACAUGAUGGGAAAAGAGACAAUGACGCUGUCCAAAGUCAUUGCAGCUGUGCUCAAGUUUAGCGACGAGCAGAAGAACCAAAUAUUGCAAAGACAAGAAGCCAAACAGCCACAGGUCAAUUCUGAGACAAGCUGUGCAUCUUCAGAGGCGCAAGUCAAAUCCUGAACGUCAACAGUACCCUGGUGAUUGCAGCAUGCCUAAAGCGGGCACAAGCUGUACGAUGAACGCGACUGUUCCAUUUUUCAAAAAACACCGUGGCCGCAGCUGCAACACAACUGGAAAAGUGCUGCACGUACCUGCUACGAGAAACACUUAGUGGUGUGGCCUUAACAAGCACACGCACAUCUCAUCAAGCUCUCCACUGCGUGCACCCUUCAAGCAAAUGGCACCCCGUGACAGUCCAUGUGCAGAUGGAUAUCCGUUUGCAAUAUCAUCUUUUCUUGCCACUGUGACUAGCAUUGCAAGACUUGAGACAUGUCUGCAUUACAGCUUCAAGGCGGCAUGCGAUGCCAGUUACAGCGUGUUAUAUAUAACAGAAGGAGGUCCAAAAAUAAUGGAUUUUGAAUAAAGUUAGGGAAGGCUAUGCAUGUCCCGGUGACAUUGUGGGAAA